AUGAACUCACAAAACAUGGAAGCGCAGCCUGCGGGCCGCGUCAGCGAUUUACAUAUGGCCAAUGCCGAACCUUGGUCUACUGUUUUCAUGGACUCUUGGGAUUCGGACAACUCUGACAACUCCCCUAUCGGCCCAAGCACCGCUGAAGAUGGGCACACCGUCGAUCAAGAGGAAGUAUCAAAUGUUGCGGGACAGGGGAGUUCCGACAACAGCAUUUCAGCCUUUCCUAGUUUCAAUGCCACAUAUUCUGGAGAAACACCAUUUGCAGAUAUUGUCAAGAGGGAAACUACUUACCCAAGCGCGGGUGUCAAGACUAGUAAGCGCGACAUAACACAGGUUGAGGGCCGCCGCUACUCACAGUUCCUUCUUCACGAUAUCCAAAAUGAGCUGUCUGAGGGAGACACACUAAUCUUUGUCGAUUUUCCCGCUCCUUCAAAGCCGGCCGAUAAUGUUGACUGCUUCAUUUACGCCUGGAACUCAGUGCAAUUUCGUAUGGACUCAGAGAAACUGAAGGCUACUGGGUCUUCAAAGUUCCAGGACAUGCUUAACCCAUCCUACCAGUACCGUAUUCAGCGCCGGCGCAAACUGGUCAACAAGCUUCCUGAGGGGAUCAAGUUUGUUUUAGACUUGACUCCGCCUUCCGAAGGCGACGACCUUGUUUUCCAGAUGACUGAGGUCUCGUUAACACCUGGCAUCCUCAACUGGUGGACUGCCUAUAGCAAGCAUGGCAUUGACGACUACGUGGUAUCCGGACAUGAUGACAUAUGCUCUUGCUGGAAGGACCGAAAACAGAGCAUCACUGAUGAUAUCAAUGAGACACUGGAGGCGAUUUCAAAAAGUGAGGCCGAGCGUGAUGAGAACGAGCCGAGAGACCCAGUGAUGGAGCGCGCUAUUGAGACAGCGAUUGCGCAGAGCUUACGAGAGACUAUGCCGCAUAACAACAAGCCCAAAGAGAGGGCAUACACGGCCAGCCACGGGAUUGCCGCCCAGCUUCUGGAGAAGAAGUCCAGGGGAGAGUUCGCACCUGAGCCGACUCCCGAAUUUCGUCAGAUACCCGACUACUGCCCGGUCCGACAUCGUGUCAAUAUCCUCCGCCUCAUGUGCAUUAUCGCCCACAAGCGCGUCCUUAUUGAUUCUGCUCCUCGGGUUUGGACGUUGGUGGCUGUGGCCAAGAUCUUGGAUUGUGCCAGUGUUGUGCGCGACCUGGUCCUCCAAUGGCUCAUGAGCCCCAACAACACUGUUUUCAUCGAGGUUCUACCGGAGGAAAGUCUCCAACUCGGUGUGGCUUUGCGGUUAGAGGAUGUCACCCGUUCUGCAUUUCAGAUCCUAGUUAAUGAGCUAGCCAUCGAGGAGGCCGCUGCUCCAAACGGUGUUCCAAAGGCUGCCACUUACACAGCCUUCGGACGCAAGCGCCACGACCCUGGUGACGAACUAACGAACCUCAUUCAACACGCUGCCCGAGCUAUGGUCGAGCGUGUCUCGCGGCCUGUACAAAAGCUAACUAGCGACACCAUCUACGAUGACUUGCGCGUCUCUGAGUGGACUCGGUUGCAAAAUAUCAUCAACUUGCUCUCGAGCCGCCCCAAUGACCAGACUUGUCGCAACGCAAGAUCCAAGGCGACAUCUCUAACAACAGCGCUGAAGAACGCAUGGAAGACUUUAGUGGUUAGCAAGACACUUAACAAGCUCUUGGAUCCUGAUCGAUUGUCAAGAAUCGAUGACAAUCGCGCUACAUAUGUCGACAUUCAACGUUUUCACCGCUUUGAGCUGAUUUACAAUCAAUUCAACGACAUACAGAAGGCCCUCUGCCCCUUCCUAUAUGAGACCAUCUCGUACGAGUGGAACAGUUUUGCAACUCUCUUCACUCGCACCUCUUCUACGCAGUUCAACUUCUACCGUUUGGCUAAUGACCUCUGGUCCGCUCUUGAAGACGUACUUGCCAAGAACCCCGAGUUCAGACAUGACCCAGCCUGGGAGGCAGCCCUGAACCUGCGGCCAUACCAGCGUAUUGUCCCUUUCGACUCCUCCCGACAUGCUUUCGAUCCAGAUGCCUUCCAGGACGACAUCAGAACGUUCAUCUAUCCUUUUUGCGAAAAAUGCGUCCGUCUCGAUUUUCCGAUCCAGAUGAAUAUGACUUACCAUCUUCUUCUUACUUUGACCCACAACGAAUUCAAGUUCCUCCCUCUCUGGGCCGGCGGCAACGACGACGGCACGGGCGGUGUGUUUGAACCGGCACUUCCCCCGGCUGAUUAUGGACCAGCCGGACCUGGGCCGGCUUACCACACCGGAAUCACCAUUCCCUCGGACGCAUCAAGCGUCGCCGGCUCAGUGAGCAGCGAGUUAAGACAACUCCGCCUGGAUGGCGGCAGCACCGUCGGGCCCGGAAGCGUGGAUGUACAGGACGGCAUCUCAACCAUAUUCAACCCGAAUAAGGUGGUGGCUGACGAUGUUUCCGUGCGUUCGGAGUCGUUCACGGACGGCGGAUCAGAUUUUGCUAAUGCCAAAUACGCCGUCCUGUCGGAUGGUCAACUGAUUGCCGACAGUGUGAACGCACUUGUACUCGACGAAACGACUGACCAGUCCGACGCUGAUACGAGCCUGAUGCUAGACAACGAUGACAAUACAGACGACGUUAUGACGGAGGUUGGGGCCGAGGAUAGCCGGUCUCGGGAGGAAACUCCUGAGUACGUCGUUACAGGUUCUGCAGCUGGUUCUCGCAGCCAGCCCAGCGCCCGUGAUAGUGUGCAACCGACCAUCACAACCUUGGGUGCUGCGGCUAUCUCGUCCGUCUCUUCUCUGGAUGACGAUGAUUUAGUUAUGAUUUAG